CGCCAUAUUGUCUCAGAGGGUAGCGCGGGUCAUUGGCGCGUGUGUAUAUUCAUUCCUCUAAUUUUCAUUAAAAAAAAAAAACAAUAAUAAUAAUAAGUGUGCCCGAUAAAUUUGAGGAGUGAAGAGACUCACCUGACGCUGGAAUCAUCUGGCGAUAUUGAUAACGAUUGGAUUGUAUGAUAUAAAAAACAGUUAUGGAUCCAGCCAAACUGAAAGUGGUUGAGUUACGUGCAGAAUUAUCGCAGCGUGGUCUUGACACCAAGGGAAAUAAGGCGGUGCUUGUUGAACGUCUACGAAAGGCCUUGGAGGAAAGCGAUGUCGAGGAAGCUGAAGAAGCAUCUCCCCCGGAGUCACCAGAGGCUCCAACCCCUAAAGAGGAGCGGCCAAAGACUCCGGAGCCGAGUAAGCCCCCACCUCCUGCAAGAACUCCAGCGAGAACAACAAGGAGUCCAAGAGGAACACCAACGAAGGCACCAGCGAAAGUUCUCUCCCCUCCUCCACAAAAGCAGCCAUCGCCGAUAAAAUCUCCGGUAAUCGAAAAACCAGCAUCACCAGUUAUCGACAAGGAAACGGAGGCUGCCCUACUGGAGGAAAACGAGCCCCAGAGUGGAGCAGUUCCCCAGACAGCUGUCGAGGAAUUAAAUGAGCCAUCGAAAUCUGACACUUGUACUCCCCAAGUUGCUGAGGAAGCACCAGAGAUACCACCAGCCUCCCAGGAAGACUCUGUCCAACAACCAAAACAACCAGAAGUAUCUCAAUCCGUUGUUGCAUCACCUGAGACACCAGAACCCACAGAAUUGCCUGAAAAAUCCGUGGAUCCAACUAUUGAAAAUACCCCACAUGAACUCCCGAUGGAGAUUCCCCAGGAAGAAAAAUCUCCUGAACCAACAAACGAUGAUAUCAUACCAUCCGAAAACGAAGACAACCAGACGCCUGGAGACUCUGACGAAAAAAUGGACGUAACUGAGGAGAGCGAAUCCAAUUGCCCAGAAGACGAUAAAAUAAUCCCCGAAGAUGUGAAGGAAGAAGUGCCAGAGGAGAAACCAGUGACAUCAGACGUCCAGGUGAAGGAGGAACAAGAGGAUUAUCAAAUCAAGACUGAGAACGAGACGAAUGAUGACGUGAUCCUGAAACCAGAGAUCAAGCAGGAGGAUGAGAAGGAGGUGAAUGAUGAGGACAGAAAAGAUCGUAAGGAUAGGAAACGAAAACGCUCGACGAGUUCUGAUCAUCAGAAGAGUCCUCCACCUCAAGCUGAAACUGAUGACGAGCCAGAAAUUGAUUACUCCAGAGUGUUAUUAUCUUGGUACGAUUCGGAUCUCAAUCUUGUCAUUGAUAGAUCCUCGUUUUUAUCAGCAACGCCUAUGCACAACGAUGGAUUUGGAUAUGUGUGGGCUGGAGCUAGAGCAUCAUUUGGAUUUACCAGUGGUAAAGUCUAUUACGAGGUCAAGGUUAAACAUGAGUGCAGUAUUAUGCUCCAGGAUGAAGAAUAUCCUCACGUUUUGCGUGCUGGAUGGUCUGCUAUUCAUACGUCGAUGCAACUGGGAGAGGAAAAAUUGUCCUACGGUUACGGUGGAACUGGUAAAAUCUCUACUGGAAAUAAUUUCAAGGAUUAUGGACCAAAAUUUGGACUGAAUGACGUGAUUGGAUGUUAUCUCGACAUGUCUGGAGAUGCAGCAAUUAUCAGUUACACCCUGAAUGGAAACAAUCUUGGGGAGGCGUUCAAGGUUUUGAAGACUGAGUUCCAGGACAAGCCCCUGUUUCCUCACAUUUUAACGAAAAAUUGUGAAUUUGUCUGCAAUUUUGGGGAUGAAGAGCCCUGGAGUGGAUCACUCGAGGAUUUUGUUCCUGUUGGCCAGGUAGACAUCAAGGAGAGAACACCAGGACCUGUGAGACCUGAGAGGCGAGAGGACUGUGAAAUGGUGAUGAUGUGUGGACUGCCAGCUGCUGGCAAGACAUACUGGGCAACAAAUUACGCUUUGGAGCAUCCUGACAAGAUGUACAAUAUCCUGGGUACUAAUAAUCUCAUCGACAAGAUGAAAGUCAUUGGAUUACCGAGGAGGAGAAAUUACCAUGGACGAUGGGAUGUUCUCAUAGACAAGUGCACGAGAUGUCUCAAUAAACUUUUGGAUGUUGCAGCGACCAGGAGACGGAAUUACAUAUUGGAUCAGACAAAUGUAUAUCCUACUGCCCAGAGACGUAAAAUGAGGUAUUUCCAUGGUUUUUUACGUAGGGCAAUUGUUAUGGUACCAACUGAGGAAGAAUUCAAGUCUCGUACAGCUAAACGUAUAGCUGUCGAGGGCAAGGAAGUGCCUGAUUCAGCUAUUAUGGAGAUGAAGGCGAAUUUCAGGGCACCAGUGGUGGGUGAUUCAUUCGAUGUGGUUGAGUGGGUGGAGCUUGGCGAGGAAGAGGCUAAGAAACUCAUUGUCACGUACAAUAAGGAGGGAAAGGAUGCUGGAUUUGGUCAGCAGCAGUCAGCGAAACGACCUCGAUUUGAGAAAAAUUCUGAGACGCCUAGGGAGAAUCGUGAGGUCCGACCAAAUAGAGAUACCAGGGAGACUCGAGAUUAUCGUGACAGGAGAAAUGCUUAUCCAGAUAAAAAUCGUAAUUCAACGUGGCGUGGAGGUAGUCAGAUGCCAGGUGGUUGGAGAGACCGAGGGCCAAGGGGUGGACACAUGAGACCACCUGGUCCUUAUGGGCCACCAGGAAGCUGGAGGGGACGUGGUGGACCACCUGGACACAUGCAUCGUCCUAACGACAGACGUGGGGCCCACACGGACAGACGAGGUGGUACUGAUCGAAGAGGAGCUGGAGCUGCCAGAGGUGGUGGAUGGGGUCCUAUGAAUAGCAAUUAUCAUAAUUCAGGCUCGUCUGGGGGGUGGGGUGGAAGUUCUCAGGGUAGUGGAGGAUGGGGUAGUGGUGGUCAGACGUCGGGGGGAUGGACUGGUGGACAGGGUGGAUGGGGGGGCCAACAGGGCGGAUGGGGCAGUUGGAAGGGAUAUGGUUCCAACUCGAAUUACAAUCAGGGCAAUUAUCAGCAGGGCUAUGGCAAUGGCAAUUGGGGGAGUUGGAAUCAACAGUAUUACAAUCAGUAUUGGAGUCAACCGACACAGGCCAGUGGACAGUCUAGUGGACAGAGUACCCCAUCAGGAGCAAGUUCAACGACUGCACCAUCGACGACAAGCACUGGAUCAACGUACAACAACUAUCCCCAAGGAUGGCAAGGUUAUACACCCUCCUACAAUUACUCGACAGACACCUCGAACACUAGCGUUCAACCACAAAAAUAGAUUUUUUAAGUACGAAUAAUUUGUACUUGUGAUUAAUAACGAGAGGAAGAAUGAAGAGCAAUUAAGAGCUGGACAAUGGAUCAUUAGUGUUUAGUUCACAACCCACUGGAUUAUGACUUUGAGAUGUCAUUCGUCUACUUGACACCGGGUAAUUUCAUCUUUAUUUUACACUAUAAUGACAUUUACCAUUAAUUAAAACUAGUAUAUUUUAUUAUACAAGUUACAGCAAUUAUGAGAGACCUAGUGUCUAGCAUCAGCUGUGUCUUAUGUCAUAUUUUUCAUGUAUUUUGGAUAUUCAAAGCCCCGAGGUGCAUUGGGAAAUGCAUCGAUGACAGGGAAUUUACACUAUCCAAUUAUUAUUGAGUAAAAAUACAUAAUGUUGAUUAAUAAUGGUUGAUCAAAGGGCACCACAGUGGUAGAAUAAAUAUAAUCAGCAAGUACACUCAUGGCAAGUUAUGUAAAUAUGUACAGAUUCGCCUAUAAAAAUACUACAAAAAUAUAAUUUACAAAUUCGUGAUUGAUUAUCUUCGUGGAUAGAAUUUUUAUCGUUCUUAAAAGCCAACUAACAUUCCUGUUUACGUAAAAAAUACAAGUGUUUGCAUAUACAUUUCUUAGUCCAUGAUUUAUUAAUGUUUUUUUUUUUGCAAUAUGUUACCAAUCAAUCAUUUUUCUCUCUAUUCGUGUAAAACAUCAGUGAAAUCUCGUAUCGAAACGAAAUAUUGAUACCAUUUGUCGCCUAAUGAAUGCAUUGAAUGAUAAAUUGACAUAAUAAUAAAUUGAGGAAAUUAUAUAAUCCAGUGGAUGCCCAAUAUUGCAGACGAAUAUGGAUAGUUUGAAAUGAAUGAUUUAUUUUAAUCAUUAUCUUUAGUUAUUCAAUUCUAGCCCUGCAAUAAUUGCUAUUAUUAUACAUUACGUUAUAUGGAAUUCUGUACAGAAUGAGACAUCUAAAUUUGAGAUUAAGGAGGUGAAUAAGAAAAUUUAAUGUAGAAAUGUGUGAGUACAGAUUUUGAAAUACAAUCGAUUGAGUGAUGUAUGUGACCUAUAUAUUUUAAGAAAAGAAUAAAAACGAGAAAAUUAUCCAGAGAAAAUUAUUUAAGUAAAAUUAGAUCUGUAAGUACUUUAAUCCUGAUUAAUGACCGUGAUAGGUAAUCAUGACUCAUUUAUUUUCCUUUUCGAUAUUCGCACGCAUAAUUUCGUCGAGUCCAA